AUGCCUUCUCUUUCGACGCUUCUGCUGCCUCUGGCGGCAGCUGCCGUGUCGGCGCAAACGGCCACGCCUAGCAACACCAGCUCAGCGGCCAUGCCUACCGUCACGCUCGACUACUCGACCGUUGUUGCCGCUGCCGGAAACGAGUCCCUGGGCUACUACAAGUACCAGAACAUCCGCUUCGCCGCCGUUCCCACGGGCGAUCUGCGCUGGGCCGAGCCGCAAUGGCCGCCGGUCGAGACCGAGCUCAACACCGGCUCCCUUGCCGAUGCCGACGUCGACUGCGCGUCUUACGAGGACUGCCUCUACAUGGAUGUCUGGGCCCCGGCCAACUCGGCGGGCAAGAAGUUGCCUGUCAUGGUCUGGACCUACGGCGGCGGCUUCACCGGCGGCAGCAAGUCGCAGAACACGCCCGAGGGCCUGUUCGACCUGAGCAAGGACUUUAUCUUCGUCGCCUACAACUACCGGCUCGGCAUGACGGGCCUGGCCAACGGCCCGACCUUCCUCCACGAGGGCGGCACCUCCAACACGGCCGUCUGGGACGUCGAGCACGCGUUCAAGUGGGUCAAGAAGUACAUCCACAACUUCGGAGGCGAUUCGGACGAGGUCACUGCCGUUGGCUUCUCCGCCGGUGGCUCCCAGGUCCUGUUCCAGAUGACGCGCUUCGCCGGCCACGCCGAGCAGAACUUCAACCGUGCCUACGUCAUGUCCCCCGGCUUCGUCCCCGGCGCCGGCCACCACCACGCCGAGCAGUUCUGGCAGAACGUGUCUUCGGCCGUCGGCUGCGACGGCGGAUCCGUGGAAUGCAUGCGCGCCGUCGACUUCGACACGCUCACCACCGCCACCGACGACCUUGUCGACACGUACGACUACCAGAUGCAGCCGCGCGUCGACGGCGACAUCAUUGCCGACACGUACGAAGCCCAGUUCUACCAGAAGCGCGUCAACUUCGACGGCCCCGUCGUCAUCACCCACGAGCAGCACGAGGCCAACGGCCAGGCCUACGACGGCGUCAACACCACCGAGGACGUCUCGACCUACCUGCGCAUCUUCUUCCCGGCCAUCACCGACGACGUCGUCGACGAGCUGCUCGCCCUGUACCCCGAGUCCGACUACUCGUCCCCGGGCCUCCGCUUCUCCGACAUGAAGCAGUCCUUCGACCUCACCUGCAAGAACCUCGCCCUGACCCAGUACCUCAAGAACAACACCUGGAACGCACUCGUCGCCCUCGACCAGGCCACCCACGGCACCGACCAGAGCUACUACUGGUACAGCACCUACACUCUCUCCGACUCGACGUCGACGACGACGACGACGACGUCGGACAACUCGACCACCUCCAGCUCCUCCAACUCGACGUCUUCCGCUCCCGGCGGUGCGGGCGGCGGCAUGGGCGGCGGCAGCUCCACCUCGGUCAACUCGACCAUCGCCGUCGCCAUGCAAAAGUACCUGCUCUCGUUCGUGCUGACGGGCGACCCCAACGCCGAGUGGGCCGACGACAAGCUGGCCUGGCCCAAGUACGGCAACGACACGAACACGCUGGUGUUCAACUCGACCUUCUACCUCGAGGGCGACGACCUCGCCAACGACAAGUGCUUGUACUGGAACAAGGCGUUGUGGUAUUAG